CGCACAGUUUCAGAGAAACUAAACCCAGUCUCGGCCAGCGUGCGCAGCAACAUGGCCGAUGGUGGAGUUUUACUGGAUCAGGACCAGUUCAGCUGUCCAAUCUGCCUGGAUCUGCUGAAGGGUCCGGUGACUAUUCCCUGUGGACACAGUUACUGUAUGGGCUGUAUUAAGGGCUACUGGGAUCAGGAUGAUUAUGCUCGUGCCUACAGCUGUCCGCAGUGCAGACAGACCUUCAACCCAAGGCCUGUUCUAGGCAGAAACACCAUGCUGGCUGAAGUGGUGGAGAAACUGAAGAAGACUGGAUUCCGAGCUGCUCCUCCUGCUAACUGUUACACUUCAACUGGAGACGUGGCGUGUGAUGUCUGCACUGGGAGCAAGCACAACGCCAUCAGGUCCUGUCUGGUGUGUCUGGCCUCUUACUGCGAAACUCACCUCCAGCCUCACUAUGAAUCUCCUGCCUUUCAGAAGCACAAACUGGUCAAAGCCACUGGAAACCUGCAGGAGAAGAUCUGCUCUCAUCACAACAAAGUUCUGCAGGUUUACUGUCGUACCGAUCAUCAGUGCAUCUGUUCUCUGUGUCGGAUGGAUGAACACAGAGGCCAUGAUACAGUCUCGGCUGCAGCAGAAAGGACUGAGAAACAGAAACAGCUGGGAAAGACACAGAGUAAAUUCCAGCAGAGAAUCCAGGAGAGAGAGAAGGAGCUGCAGGACCUGAGACAGGCUGUGCAGUCACUCAAGUGCUCUGCACAGGCAGCAGUGGAGGACAGCGAGAUGGUCUUUACUGAGCUGAUCAGCUUCAUUGAAAGAAGGCGCUCUGAGGUGAAAGAUCUGAUCAGAGAUCAGGAGAAGGCUGAAGUAAGUCGGGCUGAAAGAUUCCUGGAACGACUGGAGCAGGAGAUUGCUGAGCUGAGGAGGAGAGAUGCUGAGCUGGAGCAGCUUUCACACACAGAGGAUCACAUCCGUUUUCUCCGGAGCUGUCAGUCUCUCUGCGUCCCUCCUGGACCUGCAGACUCACCCAGAACCUCUGUUAGUCCACACAUCUCUUUUGAGGCUGUGAGAAAAUCUGUCUCUGAACUGAAAGAGCGACUGGAGGAUGUUUUCAAGAUGGAGUUCGUCAAAGUUUCUGGAAGAGGUUGGUGGACAAACCCUGCUGCAGAAAGUGUGUUUAGCCACUGCAAACAACACACUGUGGGAGGAGUCCGUAUACUGGAGCUCAAUACCAGAGAGGACUUCUUACAAUAUUCGUGUCAGCUCACUCUGGACCCCAACACAGCGUACAAAUACCUCCGUCUGUCUGAGGGGAACAGAAAGGUGACCCGUGUGGCAGAGAUCCAGUCAUAUCCUGAUCAUCCAGACAGAUUUGAAUACUGGCCCCAAGUGCUGUGCAGAGAGGGUCUGACUGGAUGCUGUUACUGGGAGGCUGAGUGGAGUGGGGAGGAUGGGGUUUCUAUAGCAGUGUCAUAUAAAGAGAUCAUCAGGAAAGGGCGGGGUGAUGACUGUCACCUGGGAUAUAAUUACAAGUCCUGGAGAUUGUACUGCUCUCCCACCAGUUUCUCUUUCAGGUACAAUACUGAGACCAUUAAAAUCUCUGUCCCUCCUACCUUCCGAGUAGGAGUGUACCUGGAUCACGGGGCAGGAACUCUGUCCUUCUACAGCAUCUCUGACACAAUGACCCUCCUGCACAGAGUCCAGACCAUAUUCACUCAACCCCUCUAUCCUGGGUUUGGGUUUCAUGCUGGAUCCUCCAUAAAACUCUGAUCUGGGCUUAGUAAGAGAAAUAAGGAAAAACACUCAAGUGAGACAGAAAAUUAAUUAAAUGAAAUUAAUUAUUGUACUUCAAAUGAUUAAAUGAUUUCAGUUAAAAUAGAGCUCGGACCACGUUCAGUCAGCCUGUCUAUCCCGGGCUUUCCUAGCAUUUUUGUUCAUGCUCACAGAUGCAGUAUCAUUUAUGAUUAUAUUUUGCAGUGAAGAUUCAAUUCAAGGGCCAGGUGUUGUGCUGAGUCUAGUGUAGCUUCAGUGGGGUAACAGAAAAAAAAAAA